AUGGGAACGAAGGAUCCUCUGCAGACUUCUGUCCAUCCCAGAUUGAUCCAUGUUGGAUCACGAGCCACACUUACAAAGGCAUUCACUGCUAGGGAUGUGGCUCUGUUUGCCGAGUUAACAGGAGACAUCAACCCCCUCCACCUGGAUGUUGACUUCGCUAAAAACACUCCUUUUCAAAGGCCGGUUGUCCAUGGAGUUCUGAUUAAUGGGCUUAUAUCAGCAGUUUUGGGGACUAAGAUGCCUGGCAGCGGGUGUAUAUUCCUUUCUCAGGAAAUUCGCUUUCCCGCGCCUUUGUACAUCGGAGAAGAGGUUUUAGCAGAGGCCGAGGUGAAAAGGCUCAAGAAGUCCUUUGCCUGGAUUUCCGUUUCCUGCUCGGUAAAAGGCAAAGUGGUCAUGGAAGGGGAAGUCCUGGUCAGGGUGCCAGAGGUCGCAUUUCAGAGCCCACAGUCGGAUAAUAAGUAA